AUGAACUUUAAUCUCAGAAGAAACUCUAAGAUUAUUAUUUACAAUCCAACCACACGAUACAAAAUGGUGCAAUGUGCUACCAUUUCAAUGAGACACAGACACUUCAAGAAAACAUCAUUUACACUUUUGAUUAGAGUAAGAAUGCUUACAGAAAAUGACCAUCACUCUGGGAAAUUACUAGAAGAAGAGACUAUUAAUCCAUUUGGAGAGAGACACAACAAAACGAGGGACAUUACAGGCAAAGCUGAGGGAGGACACUUAAUUGCUCUGAUGGGUGCAAGUGGAGGUGGGAAAACAACAUUACUUGCAGCAAUAGGAAAUCGCCUAAAAGGUCAGAUCAGUGGGGAAGUUUAUCUAAAUGGUCAUUUGGUUACCAGAUCACUGAUGAUGAAAGUUUCUGGUUUUGUCCCACAAAAUAAUAUUGCUUUUAACACAUUAACUGUGAACGAGCAUCUGUUAUUCAUGGCACGUAUGCGAAUGGACAGCAAAAUUAGUGCAAGUUCUCGAAAGACGUGGAUAAACAGUCUUGUCAGUGAGUUAGGCCUUUCCACUUGUGCUGAUACUGUACUCAGCAAGAUAUCUGGAGGAGAGCUCAAAAGACUGAUGCUGGCUAUUGAGUUGUUAACAGAUCCACCUAUACUUCUUUGUGAUGAACCUACCACUGGGCUUGACAGCUACAAUGCUCAACUAAUGAUACAGAAGCUGAAAUCUCUUGCAGCAAGAGGCAAGAUAGUUAUCUGUUCUGUCCAUCAGCCUUCUUCAGAAGUAUUCAGAUUCUUUGAUCACUUAAUACUCCUGGCAGAAGGGAGAGUUGCAUUUCAAGGAACUCUUUCUGAAGCAGCUGAAUUUUUUAAAAGAUUAGGGUACAUGUGCCCAGACUCUUUCAAUCCAGCAGAUUUCUACAUAAAACAGCUCUCUGUAAUUACUGAUUAUGAGGAAGAAUGCUUGAAAAACAUCAGAAAAAUUUGUACUGCAUUUUUACAAUCAGAUUAUUCUAAGGCCUUGGAAAAGAAACCUGACACUGCCCCAGCAGAGCUUCCCAUGGAACUUAGUAAUUAUACAAAAAUAUCCCACUGUAAUUGGCUGUCUCAGUUUUACUGGUUGAUAUGGCGCUCAAUGAAAGAUUCCAGGAGAUCAUAUUUUGGACAUGCUCUCCAAAUUAUUAUGUUCUUGACUACCACAACAGUUGUAGCCACUUUCUACCAGGGUGUCAGUCCAGAAACUCAGGAGGGAAUGCAAGACUUCAGGGGGCUGCUGUAUCUUCUUUCUAGUGAAAUGUUCUUCUAUAGUGCAUACAGUGUGCUCUACACUUUCCCAUAUGAAAUUCCUAUAUUUCUAAGAGAAAGCAACUUAUACUCCUCAUCAGCAUACUACAUUUCCAAGGUCAUAGCAGCGAUGCCAAGGACUGUAAUUGAAACAGCAGUAUUUUUUGGAUUUAUUUUCAUACUCGCUGACUUCCCAGUAGGAGGACUGGUUGGAUAUUUCAUGCUAUUGGGUCCACUGUUGUUGAUAUCCAUUGGUGCACUAGCCUAUGGUUGUAUGAUGUCAGCCCUCUUUGAAUCAUAUGAUCUCAUAGCUACAUUGACUGUUGCAAUUGAUCUUCUCUCAAUGCUGAUGGCUGGAAUAUUUUAUAAUCUCAGGAUACAGUUUCACUUGUUGCAUCAUACAGCUGAAAAUGUAAGAGGUGACAACGUGAAAAUGCUGCCUGUGUACAAAUGCGAAUCAGGCGAACUGAAGAAUUAUAACCUGGAUGUUUUAGAACUGUGUCUCUCAGAAAUUUUUAAUGGAAAAAUAAUCUUUCUUGAUGUGCUCCAGCUGAACAGACAUGUUAUGAGAUGUGAUCUUACAAAUCUAAGGCAUUUACAAACAGAUACCAUGGAGAGUAAGAUUACACUCUUCCAAGUUUUUAUUUGGUGGUUGUGUGGAGUUUCUACCUUAGCCUUCUUUGCCCAGAAGUGUUUUUGGUAUCAUGAAGCACUGUCACUGAAUCUGCAGUUAACAGUUUUUGAUAACAGUAUGUCUGUGAGGACAUGCAUCUACAUUAGAACAAAAAAAUCAGCUUUUGUUUAUGAAGCAUAUACAGAUAAGCAAGUUGUAUUUUUUUCAACACUUUUGCUUUUCAGUGAGUGUUCUACUUUAAUCCUAAAACAAUCUAAAGUAUUAACAUAUUUAACAAGCACUAAGAGCUCCAGCAUAACAAAUGACUGCAAAUAUGCUGUGUGUAAGUGCUUAGCCCAUAUGUCUGAUUACUUUUUCAGGGCACUGCCAAAGAGAAUUGCUUGGUUGAAAUAUCUUUCACAGUUUUAUUACUGCAAUGAGCUGUUGGCAUCCCUAUUCUGGAAACAUGUGGACCACAUAAGUUGCCCAAGCAAUCCUGAUUUGCCUUGUCUGCAUAAUGGUGAAGAAGUACUGGAUCAAUAUGGAUUUAAUCCACAUAAUACUAUGACUGACAUUAUUAUCCUCUUUGCAUUCUUUGUACUUUUGAGUAUGAUUGGUUUUAUACAAAUAUGGAGGAGAAGUAGAAAGUAUUCCAUCUACUAA